UUGACAACAAUAGAAAACGAUGCUUGGCCUUAUCCAAUAGAGCGCAGAAAUAACUUUAAAUAAAUAAAUAAAUAAAACACUAAACAAAAGGAAGAAUAAAGUUUAGUGGUUGAGAAUUAAAGUUGCUGCUUUAGGAAAUUCUGUUCCCCCGUCCAAGAUACCGAAGUAAUAUAUCAGCAUGGCAUCCAAAGCCCUUUUUAACAUGCUUGCCUGAUUCUUCUUCUUCUUCUUCUGCUGCUGCUGCUGUUGGAAAUUGAAUUUGUUUGUUUUGGUCUGGUUUGUUACUACUUACUGCUUAGAAUGAACGAUUGGGCUGCUUCCCUCAUAGCUGCGGCUCUGUUUGCAAUUCUGUCACCAGGAACACUCUUUCAAAUGCCUGGCAAGAAUCGUCCCCUUGAUUUCAUGAACAGGAAGACUAGCAUUGCUUCCAUUUUUGUGCACACAGUUCUCUACGGUUUGUUUCUUAUUCUGUUCCUUGUUAUUCUUCACAUUCACCUCUACGUCUAGUAAGCAGUAAGGUUGAUAAAAGGUUUGAUGCUCUACUCUUUUAUUUCCUGCUUUUGAUCGAUGUAAGCCUCACGCAACUUGAAAUGAAGAGAUUAUGAAGAUUA